GGCGAGAGAGAGAGAGAGAGAGAGAGAGAGAGAGAGAGAGAGAGAGAGUCAAGAAAAGAAAUAGAAAUAUAACCAAAAAAGAGAGAGUGGCCGUUUCAACGGCCACCUCCACCUCAUUACCAAAAAAAAAAAAAAAAGGAAAAAAGGAAAAACUUCAACGGCUAAGCCAUUAACAAUUUUUUUUUUUUUGUAAUUUCAAUUGGCUUUCUCGGGAAAAUCUCAUAGAAAGUCCUAGAAAAAUUUUCCACUAGCCUGCAUCUACCAUCGUCGCUCUUUCUGUUGUAUCCUCAUUCUUCAUACGGUGGUUUUUGCAGGCUGUAAGGUAUUUUCUUUUCUUGAAUUAAUUUGCAUUUUGUUUCAAUUUUGAUUAAUAAGUUUCUUUUUUCUUAAUUAACAAACAAAAAUAGAUGCAGCAUAAUAUAUUUAGUUCAAUGCGGAGUUUAAAGUUUAUAGAAGGAUGUAAAGGCACUCAGAUUUACGCUCUUAAUUCUAAUGGCCACGGCCACAGUCACUCCGCCGGUAGCGGCGGUGGCGGAGGAGGAGGUUAUGGAAGUGUCGGAGAAAAAUUUUUACAACACCUCCAUGACCUGAGAGUCAAUUCUGUUAGAGCAAAACCUAAUCGACCUUCACAAUCGCAGACAUCGUCUAAUCAAGACUAUAACAAAAACAUCGCCGUUGAAAAUCUUUUACCGUCUGGUUUACCUGAUACCGAUCUCCUCGAGCCGCAGAUCGACCUUUGUCUUAGGUCUGUUGAUUUCGUUGAAACCCUAGCUGAUGUGUAUCGUCAAAUUGAGAAUUCUACUCAAUUUGAGAAACAUAAGGUGUAUUUACAGCAAUGUGCGAUAUUUCGGGGUUUAGCCGAUCCUAAACUGUUUCGAAGGUCUCUCCGUGUGGCAAGACAACACUCUGUGGAUGUUCAUUGGAAGAUUGUGUUAGCUUCUUGGUUAAGAUUUGAGAGGAGAGAAGAUGAGCUUAUUGGUACAUCUGCUAUGGAUUGUUGUGGAAGGAAUAUUGAAUGUCCUAAGGCUUGUCUGGUUUCUGGUUAUAAUCCUGAAUCAGUUAAUGAUCAUUGUUUGUGUUCGGGGUCUUCUAGAGAUGAUAAUGGAUGUGGUGAGGGUUUUUUAAUAGGAGAUGAUGAGGAAUGUUCAACUUCUGAUGAAGAUUUUGAUAUGUCGUUUUGUAUUGGUGAUGAUGAGAUUAGGUGUGUGAGGUAUAAUAUUGCUUCACUUUCAAGACCUUUUAAAGCAAUGCUGUAUGGUAGUUUCACAGAGGCGAGGAGGGAGAAGAUUAAUUUCUCACAGAAUGGGAUUUCUGCUGAUGGAAUGAGAGCGGUAGAGUAUUUUAGCAGGACAAAAGGAUUAGGUUCUUUUGAUUUGUCUAUUAUAUUAGAGCUCCUUUCUUUGGCAAAUAGGUUCUGUUGCGAGGAAAUGAAGUCAGCUUGUGAUGCUCAUUUGGCAUCUCUGGUUUCUGAUAUGGAGGAUGCUGUGUUGCUAAUUGAGUAUGGAUUAGAGGAGACUGCAUAUCUUUUAGUGGCUGCUUGUUUGCAGAUGUUUUUGAGAGAGCUCCCUGGUUCACUGCACAAUUCUCUUGUGAUGAAAUUGUUUUGUAGUCCAGAGGGUAGGGAGAGAUUGGCUUUGGUUGGGCAUGCUUCCUUUUUGUUGUAUUUCUUCUUGAGCCAAAUUGCUUUGGAGGAAGACAUGAAAUCCAAUGCAACAGUGAUGCUUUUGGAGAGGUUGGGAGAAUGUGCAACUGAAGGUUGGGAGAAACAACUUGCUUAUCACCUAUUAGGUGUUGUGAUGCUUGAAAGAAAAGAAUAUAAAGAUGCUCAGAAUUGGUUUGAAGCAGCAGUUGAGGCAGGUCAUGUUUAUUCAUCAGUUGGUGUUGCAAGGGCAAGAUACAAACGGGGCCACAAAUAUUCAGCAUACAAGAUGAUGAAUUCACUGGUUUCAGAUUAUAAACCAGUUGGGUGGAUGUAUCAGGAAAGGUCUCUAUAUUGUGUUGGAAAGGAGAAGUUGAUGGAUUUGAACACCGCAACUGAAUUAGAUCCAACUCUUACUUUUCCAUACAAGUACAGGGCUGUUUUAUUGGUGCAGGAGAACAGAUUUGGACCAGCAAUCUCAGAGCUCAACAAAAUAAUUGGUUUUAAGGUCUCUCCUGAUUGUCUUGAAUUACGAGCGUGGAUUUCAAUUGCUUUGGAGGAUUAUGAAGGAGCUCUCACAGAUGUUCGAGCACUUUUAACUUUGGACCCAAAUUACAUGAUGUUUCAUGGAAAGAUGCAUGGUGAUCGCUUGGUAGAAAUUCUUCGCCCUCUUGUUCAGCAGUUGAGUCAGGCUGAUUGCUGGAUGCAACUAUAUGAUAGGUGGUCCUCCGUUGAUGAUAUAGGCUCCUUAGCUGUUGUACACCAUAUGUUAACAAAUGACCCAGGGAAGAGCCUUCUACGGUUUAGGCAGUCUCUCCUCCUUUUACGGCUAAAUUGUCAAAAGGCUGCAAUGCGUAGUUUGCGGUUGGCUAGAAAUUAUUCUAGUUCUGAGCAUGAAAGGCUUGUUUACGAAGGAUGGAUUUUGUAUGACACUGGCCAUCGUGAAGAAGCGCUAGCCAAGGCUGAGGAGUCCAUUUCAAUUCAGAGAUCAUUUGAAGCCUUUUUUCUCAAGGCAUAUGCUUUAGCAGAUUCAAGUCUUGAUCCUGAGUCAUCAAUGUAUGUUAUUGAACUUCUGGAGGAAGCUCUUAGAUGCCCUUCAGAUGGCCUACGGAAAGGACAAGCAUUGAAUAAUCUAGGAAGUGUCUAUGUUGAUUGCGAUAAGCUGGAUCUUGCUGCGGAUUGUUACAUGAAUGCACUCAAUAUUAAGCACACUAGAGCACAUCAGGGUCUGGCACGCGUAUACCAUCUCAAAAAUCAACGCAAAGCUGCAUACGAUGAGAUGACAAAACUGAUAGAGAAAGCCAGGAAUAAUGCAUCCGCGUAUGAGAAGCGUUCUGAGUACUGUGAUCGGGACAUGGCAAAGGGUGAUCUUAGUAUGGCAACGCAAUUAGAUCCCUUGAGGACAUACCCUUACAGAUACAGGGCAGCAGUAUUGAUGGAUGAUCACAAAGAAGCUGAGGCCGUAGCUGAGCUCUCGAAGGCCAUAGUUUUCAAGCCAGAUUUGCAGCUGCUACAUCUUCGAGCUGCAUUUUAUGACUCAAUGGGUGAUAAUAUCUCUACCAUUCGAGACUGUGAGGCUGCCCUUUGUCUUGAUUCCAGUCAUGGGGAUACCAUUGAGCUCUAUAAUAAAGCAAGGGAGCAUGCAGAUGAACAACAAAAGUGAGAAUAAGAAAUGUGUUGUCAACGCGUUACAUCUUUAUGAAGCCAAUAUUUUAAUUGCCGGCUCUCCUCUAUUUAAUUUUUUUGGGUACAAGAAAGGUCAGUGAUUGUCCUGGCUAGUCAUUUUUUUGGAUUUUCUCUCUAGGAAAAUCAAGAUGAAGAUGUGUCAGGCAAUUCUAUAGGAAAGAAAAGAAGAAAUCUAUUUUUAUUGUUAUUUUUUAAUUUUGGGGGAAAAGAGGAGGAAAGAAAAAUUAGGGAGUGAGAUAGCAUGUAAAUAGAUGUAUUCUACGUUUAUAUUUUGGGAUUAAUGUAUGAUAUAAGUGCUGCAGACUGUUUCUGCCGCUACUCCCCAAAUUUCCACUUCAGCAAAGAUUGUAAUGGAAGUACCACAGUCAGAAAGAAAACAUGUACAUGAAUGGAAGCCUGUGUUCAAGUCUGUCCCUAUUAGAGGUUUACAGAUAAUCUUUUUUCUUUUUCUUUUUCUUUUUGGUCUUUUUCAUGCGAAGCAUUUACAAUGUACUGUAACUCUUCUGAUACUGUCUUUGUAAUGAUUUACGAGCUUCACAAUUUUCCAACGUAUCAAGUACUCUUGGAAGAGACUUAAUCCUCACAGCUCGAUAUUUCUCAAUUGAUUCAAGGCUCUACUUGUAUGCCAUUGUAUAUACUUUAUUUACUAUAAUUAUUUUUAAUUUCUCCUAGCA